AUGUCUGUAAACUAUGCAACAGGGUUGUCAGAUUAUGAUAAUAAAGGGAAGUGUGGUCAACCAGAAUAUUUUGAUGAUGAAGAAACUGUUCAGAGAAAGAUUGUUGAGCUAGCUGAGAUGGUGAAAGCUAGUAAACAUCUUGUUGUUCACACUGGAGCUGGAAUCAGUACAUCUGCUGGAAUUCCUGAUUUCAGAGGACCGAACGGUGUUUGGACUCUAGAGGAAAAAGGAGAAACUCCACAAAUUAAUAUAACAUUUGAAUCUGCUCAACCUACCAAAACACAUAUGGCCCUGAUUGAAUUAGAAAAAUUAGGCAUUGUGAAGUAUGUGAUCAGUCAGAAUGUAGAUGGUUUACAUGUCAGAUCAGGAUUACCUAUAAAUAGAUUAUCAGAGCCUCAUGGUAACAUGUUUAUUGAAACCUGUGAUAAAUGUCAUACAAAGUACAUUAACAGUCACUGCAGCCCAACUAUGGGAUUGAAGUUAACCGGUAAUUUAUGUACUCAACAAAAGCCAAGAGGAAUUUGUAGGGGGCGUUUGCAUGAUGCGAUAUUAGACUGGGAAGACUCUUUACCAGAUCAUGAUUUAAAUCUUGCCGAUUAUCAUUCAGGGAAAGCUGACUUAAGUUUAUGUUUAGGAACCUCACUUCAGAUCAUUCCAUGUGGUAAUCUUCCUCUGGCAGCAAAAAAAAAUGGCGGAAAACUGAUAAUUGUGAACCUACAAACUACAAAACAUGAUAAAAAAUGUGAUUUAAAAAUCAAUAGCUAUGUGGAUCAGAUAAUUUGUGGUCUGUGUGAAAAAUUAAAUGUUAAAAUUCCAGAAUUUACAAGUCCUACUGUA